GAAGCAACAAGCUGCUACCGAACCGAAGCAACAGCUAGCAGGCAGCAGCUGUCUCUGUCGGGGACGCGGUGUAUUAACAUGCAAAAGUUUAGAAACACACAUUCCUUGUCCUGAAUAGAGAAAAGAGCAACCCUUGGCAAAACCUAAUACGGCUGUCGAAACCAUGGGUCAUAGCUGGCUUCCUUAAUAGCUAGUUAAUUGCGUUAUUACAAGGUUCAAAUGUGUGAAAAGUCGCUCGGUCUCUCCUCGUCGUUGAACAAGAUGGCAGCAGCAGCAUCGUUGCAGCAUUUGACUGUGGUGCUGGUCCUUGUUGCUAGCAUGUCCCUUGACGCUCUGGGUGAUACGAUUUAUAGGUCUUACUGAAGGUAUGGCCUCACAAGUCUUGGUCUACCCAUCACACCUGCACUCAGCUCAAACAAGUGCCUUAGGAACCAGCAGCAGUGGUAACGGCAGACAUAAAGACGAAGCUCACCACAGUAAGAACACCAGCAGAGCCUUUCAGCACCGACCCACGUCCAAGACCUAUGUGAUUGGAGUCAACUACGGCAUCGCCUAUCCCAACAACGUUAUCCCAUCCUCAACCGGUGCUGAUUCAGGAAAACCGCACAGGGGACUACAGCUUGGAAAGAGGGAGGAGUUGACAUUGCAGACUGCAGAAUUACAGAGACAAGGAGAAGGAUCAGCUAGGAUCCAGGAGUCUCUUUGCCAGACCAGAGGCCCACAGGAAGCAAGGCUUCAUAGAGACAGUGGUGGAACUCCAUCAAGAGGAGGCUUGGACUACGGGCUACUGAGCAGGGCCUGCAUCAGAGCAGAGGAGGAGGGCAGAAACCGAAGAGUACAAGCAAGAGGACGAUACAUCUGCCUUACAAACACAGGUGCCACACAGAGAUGUGAACAGAAGGCAGGUGAAGGUGGAGAACAGCCACAGGAGAACAACUGCGUCGGAACCAUGCAGAUAGUGGAGGAGGUAUCUGCUCUACCUUCACUUCCCCCCCCUGUGGCCAUGUUGCAAAUCAGCACCGGGAACAAUGCAGACACUGUCCGAGUAGGGGGAGCAGGGACACUGCCCACUCAACACAGCAAGGUUGAGGCAGUGACCGACAUGGGAAUUAGGCUGGAUGGGACCGAAAACAGGCCUAAUGGCAGUACUGAGGCAGUGGCAGGAGCUACUGUGACCAGAACUGGAUCAGCAGAUGGUGACUAUCAGUUAGUCCAGCACGAGGUUCUGUGCUCCUUGAAGAACAGCUAUGAGGUCUUGGAGUUUCUGGGUCGUGGCACCUUUGGUCAGGUGGUGAAGUGCUGGAAGAGGGGAACGAAUGAAGUGGUGGCUGUCAAAAUACUGAAGAACCACCCAUCCUAUGCACGUCAGGGACAGAUUGAGGUGGAGAUCCUAGCCCGGUUGAGCAGCGAAAAUGCAGAUGAGCACAAUGUGGUGCGUGCUCUGGAGUGCUUUCAGCACCGCAGCCACACCUGCUUGGUGUUUGAGAUGCUGGAGCAAAACCUCUAUGACUUCCUUAAACAGAACAAGUUUAGUCCCCUGCCACUCAAAAUCAUCAGGCCCAUUCUGCAGCAGGUGGCAAAGGCCUUAAAGAAGCUUAAGUGUCUGGGUUUGAUCCAUGCUGACCUGAAGCCAGAGAACAUCAUGCUGGUGGACCCCUCCAGGCAGCCAUACAGAGUCAAAGUCAUUGACUUUGGCUCAGCCAGCCAUGUCUCCAAGGCUGUCUGCUCCACUUACCUGCAGUCCAGAUACUACAGGGCUCCAGAGAUCAUUUUGGGCCUACCAUUUUGCGAGGCCAUAGACAUGUGGUCACUGGGAUGUGUGAUAGCCGAGCUCUUUCUGGGCUGGCCCCUCUACCCUGGAGCGCUGGAGUACGACCAGAUCCGGUACAUCUCUCAGACUCAGGGCCUGCCUGCCGAGCAGCUGCUCAACAAGGGGACCAAGACCUCUCGUUUCUUCUCCAAAGAGUCCAACUCUCCCUACGCCUCAUGGAGACUAAAGACAACAGAAGAGCAUGAGAAAGAGACGGGACUUAAAUCCAAAGAGGCCAGAAAGUACAUUUUCAGCUGUCUGGAUGACAUAGCACACGUGAACUUGGUGCUGAGUCAUGAUAACAGUGACAUGCAAGCAGAGAAGGCUGAUCGGAGGGAGUUUGUGUCUCUGCUCAAGAGCAUGCUGCUGAUCGAUGCUGGGGACAGGACUGUUCCCUCCAGUGUCCUCAAUCACCCCUUCCUCACUAUGACUCAUCUGCUGGACUACCCACACAGUAACCAUGUGCAGUCAUCUUUCCGUAUCAUGGACAUGUGCCACAGUCGGCCCACCAAUGCAGUCUUUGACGCUAUAAAUCAGAACACCAUUCAUUUCUCAAGACCCCCUGUAGCCCCCACUGCCUCCUCUGGCCUCCCUCUAGGCUACAGCAACAUACCAGUCCACACUCAGGCUAUAAACCAGUCAGCUCCCUCAGUGUUGCAUCCUGGAAUAGCUCUAACAACUGGGAAUGGUCAGUUUGGGUGCACUGACCCCUUCCCACCUGCCCUUCUUCUUUGUCCUCCCACCAUGCAAGGUAACCUUAACCAACCAGCAGGGUAUUCUGUUCCCAUGGUAACUCAGGCUCCUCCCAUACAGCCCUUACCAGUGAGACCUGGUGUAAUUGCUCAGCAAGCCUGGUCCAGCCGGGGGCAGCAGCUCCUCGUCUCAGCAGCCUGGCAGCAGAUGACACCAGUGGGUCCUCCUCCCUCUCACCCCCCUCCACCACCCCCAUCCUCCCUUACCAAUGACACCACAGCCGGCCCACAGAGAAUCAGCGACUGGGGCAGCCACUACACAAUGAUGCAACAGCCUCUCCUGACUAAUCAGAUGCCAGCCCUCUCUGCCCAUCAGCCACUCAACAUUGGCAUAGCUCAUGUUGUGUGGCCACAGCCAGCCAAUAAAAGGAACAGAUACAGUCAUAACAGGAACUUGUCCCACCCCAGCAACAUCCAUAUAUCAGCAUGUCGGACCCCCAAGAUGGCCAAUGUUGUUGGACAGGCACUAGCACGAAGAGAGCAGCCUCAGAGGGGGGUACCUCUGGUAGAAACUAGGGAACCGGGAGUUCAAAUCACAGAUGAAGAGGAAAAUUAUGCAGAGAAGGAAGUGAGCUGCUUUAAAGAGGUGGUGCCAAAUGGUAACAGCCAGCUGGACCUGUCCAGUCAACAACAGCGGGAUGUGGCAGUUCUGAUGGGUGACACGCCAAGCCCUGCCCCCAGUGUGAUAAGCAUCCGCAGUGAACUGACUGACGGAGAGGAUGAAGACCCUCAGCGGUGCCGUCUGAGCGAGUGUAAAGAGGAGUGUGUGUGUGAAGCAUGCAGAAACACCAGUGUGUCUAUGGAGAGAGUGUGUUCCCUCAGCAGCCCCGACAGCAGCCUCAGCACCAGUUCUUUUGCUUCCAACUCCCUUCAGUCCAGCCCCUCGGUUUCACCAUGCAAGAGACCCAACAGCAUGUCUGAAGAUGAUGGCCACGAGAGUGGCUGUGACACAGUGGAAGGCUCUCCCACGUCUGACACAUCAACCUCCCCACGAGGCAACAGUCCUUACCGUUACCUCGACAACAGUAACCACAACAAGCGCUCACCUUUGGCUGCCAUCGUAGCGCCAAUGCCUUACCCUGCAGUGCAGGGCAGGAGUCCCCGUGGCGUCCGGACAAUGGUGGUUCCACCAAUGAGAGUGCAGAACAACAACAGUCAAGGGACAGAGGAGCGUGUUCAGAGAACAGUCUCAGAGUCCUGGUCCCGUUCCAAAGGCCGCUGCAGCUUCGUAGGACAUCAGAGCACUCCCUCCUCCUUCCCUCUCCUCCCAUCCGCCCCCCUCCUGUCCCGGCAGAAAAAAGUGACUGGGCAGCACCAGCAUCAGCACCCUCUGGGCUAUGGACAGGUCAGUUCAGUUCUUUUCCUUUUACUUUAUUAUAUAUGGGGGAUUAUGAAGGAGCUGAACACUUUGAAAUCGAUUGGUGAAUAUUAAUGGGGCUGUGUGUGCUUUGCAGCAGAGCUCUAGGGCAUUGUUUGUCAGAGCAGCAGUACAUUUGGGUAAUUUUAUAGCUGGUCUGAUACAAACAACAAUAUUCUAGUCUCCUUCAAGGGCUUGAUUAAAAUGCCUUGAUAUGUUGUGGACUUGUGUGGUUUGUCUUUUCUGCUUGUAUGAAAGAUUUAAUUUAAUUUCAAACACCAGGCAGGGACUGUAAAGGAAUGGUUCAUCAUUUUCGGAUAUUCGCUUUCCUGCCAAGAGUGAGAUGAGAAGAUUGAUCAGUGUUUUUUAGCAGUGGGGGCAGGUCUGUCCGAACAACCCCCCCACCGUAGUUUACACUUGAUCUGUGUAGGCCGCCAUUUUUGUUUUAAAACUGUAUGUACUCCGUUAAGGGGAUGAGGGAACCAGCCUUCUCUGUGACAAUAAAACCUGAUGGUCUCAGCCACAAUCUUCAACCUGGCAUCCUGUGCCCCCUUCUCUCUGCAUUUCACCCCUAACAUAACACAACGAGAAGUAUCGCAGCAGUGCCGAGGGGUACCUCCAGGCGGCAGACGCACAGAGGAGUGGGUUACAACUACAUCUAUAGACUAUUUCUAAUUUAUAUUAUAUUACACUAACUCACUUACCGUUUUAAUGUUUCCAGAUGUUUGAUAUCAGCUGACAGAACUGACAAGUUGAACCUUGUCCAAUUAGAACGGACCCACCGUGGUGACGUUUUUGGUGGAGCUGUUCGUUUUAAUAGUCGAC